AUGGCAGCAGCUGCCUCACUCGACCUGCUGCACAAUCUCUUCACGCGCCGCCGCGACUCGAGCCACCCCGCGCCUACUCUCAAGUCCCUAUUCUUCCUCAUGCCCACAACUCUAGCCCUCGCCUCCUCCCUCCUCAUUCUACUCUACAUCUCCUCCACCUCUAAUGUCUUCUUCUUCACUCACACGCGCCACUCUCUCCACCUAACCCAACCCACCAAUGGUGCUUUCAUGGAUCAUGAAAUGCCCUCUGUGCAUCUCUCCCAUAACCAUUCUACGUUCGUUAGUCGCGGAGGACUUUCUCGCAUUUCGACUGCUAAUGGCGUCCCGGUCGGGGCUGAGGGUCAGAGUGAUUCCGACGACAAGGGGCCGUUCCAUGACAGCUACACCUUCUUCCAAAACUACAAGCAGAUGAACGGAAGCUUGAAAAUUUACGUGUACCAGCACAGAAAAGACGACCCGUUUGCCAACAUUCUCUUGCCCGUGGAUUUCGAGCCGAGCGGUAACUAUGCGAGCGAAAGCUACUUCAAGAAGGCCCUUUUCGGCAGCCACUUCCUUACGGCGGACCCAACCACGGCGGAUCUCUUCUUCCUGCCCUUUUCCAUCGCAAGGCUGAGGCAUGAUCCGCGGGUCGGGACAGAUGGCAUCCAGGACUUUAUCAGGGAUUAUGUGGCCAACAUUAGCCGUGAGUACCCGUUUUGGAAUAACAGUGGAGGGGCAGAUCAUUUUUACGUUGCCUGCCACUCAAUUGGCCGGUCGGCCAUGGAGAAAGCUGCUGCGGUCAAGCUGAAUGCAAUCCAAGUUGUGUGCUCGUCGAGCUACUAUUUAUCUUCCUAUGUCGCUCAUAAGGAUGCAUCCUUGCCGCAAAUUUGGCCGAGACGAGGGAAUCCUCCGAGUCUCAUGAAUGCAAGAUCGAAGCUGGCCUUUUUUGCGGGAUCAAGAAACUCGCCCGUCCGCGAAAAGCUUCUUCAGAAAUGGGGAAACGAUUCGGAAAUAUCGGUCCACCUUGAUCACCUCCGAACGUCUUACUCUGAGGAGCUUCUCAGGAGCAAGUUUUGCCUUCAUGUCAAAGGUUUUGAGGUCAACACGGCCCGCAUAGGUGACGCGAUAUAUUACGGUUGUGUCCCUGUGAUUAUUGCCAAUCACCAUGACCUCCCUUUUCAGGACAUACUUGACUGGCGCAAUUUUUCGAUUGUUGUUGCCACAUUGGAUAUCCCUCUUCUGAAGAAAAUCCUAAAAGGAAUCAACGAGAAAGAGUACUCGAUUUUACAGAAUAAUGUGUUGAAAGCGAGAAAGCAUUUUCAGUGGCACCUUUCGCCCGUCGAUUACGAUGCUUUUUACCUGGUAAUGUAUGAAUUGUGGCUUAGGAGAAGUUCUUUAAAACUUGUUAUAGUUUAG